AUGGUUCAAGUUCUUGUAAAUUUUCCUUUAACUUGCAUUCAGCCUAACUUGAAUAUACUCAAAACCAAUUCAAGAUCAGGACCUCUUCAUCAUGCGUAUCGUGUCCAAAAAACUUGGCAAACAAGAUGCAGUAAUCAAUCUGCAGAGCUGACGAUCGACCGCCGGACAGCUAAUUACCAGCCGAGUUCGUGGAGUCAUAUUCUCUUCGAGCCGACUAGUGAGACAGAUAAUGAGUGGGAAAAUCAGACAAAGAUUUUAAAUAAGUUGGAGAGCGAAGUUGGCAGCAUGCUUGAUUGUGAAGACUUGGAGCCACAGGCUCUGAUUGAACUGAUUAAUGACAUCGACCAGCUUGGCCUCUCUUACCGAUACAGGCAAAAAAUUAAAAAUGCCCUUAAUAAGCUUCGAGAUUUGGAGGAUGCAACUGGAGAUAAAAUUAAGAGUAGUCUACAUACUUCAGCUCUCUAUUUCAGGUUGCUUAGGCAACAUGGUUUUGAGGUUUCCCCAGAUGUCUUUGAGAGAUUCAAGGACCAAAAUGGCAACUUCAAUGAAGACCUUUCCCGGGAAGUUCGAGGAAUUUUGAGCUUGUUUGAGGCUUCACAUCUUGCAUAUGAAGAAGAGAAUAUACUAAACGAGGCCAAAUCAUUCACAAGUCUACUUCUUAAGGAUUCCAAAAAGCUGGUUGGGGCAAACAUGUCAGAACAAAUAACUCAUGCUUUGGAGCUUCCGUAUCACCAUAGAAUGCGAAGGCUAGAAGCUAGGAGGAAUAUUGAAGCAUAUGCUCAAAGAGGUGAGAAAAAUCAAGUGCUACUCGAGUUAGCCAAGCUAGACUUCAACUUGGUUCAGUCUAAGUUCCAAAGUGAUGUUCAAGAAGUAUCGAGGUGGUGGAAAGUUAUGGGCUUAGCAGACAAGUUGGACUUUGCAAGAGACCGGCUAAUGGAAAGCUUCUUUUGGUCAGUUGGAAUGGCCUUUGAGCCACGAUUUAGUAAAUGCCGAACGGCAGUAACCAAAGCCCUUACGCUGAUCACUGUCCUGGAUGAUAUCUAUGAUAUUUAUGGUUCCCUAGAUGAACUCGAGCAAUUUACAGAUGCCGUUGUUAGAUGGGAUCUUGAUGCUAUGAAAGAUCUUCCCGAAUAUAUGAAAUUGUUCUUCCUUGCUCUUUACAAUACCAUAAACGAUUUGGCUUAUGAAACUCUCAAGGAAAAAGGAGAGAUGAUAAUUCCUUGCCUGAAAAAAGCAUGGGCAGAUAUGUGCAAAUCAUUCUUACAAGAAGCUCAAUGGUAUCACAAGAAAGGUACUCCAACCUUUGAGGAGUAUAUGGAAAAUGGAUGGAUUUCAUCAGGUGGCGCUGUGCUAUUAAUUCAUGCGUACUUUUUGGUCACUGAAAAUAUUUCAAAUGAGGCCACAGAGUCCCUGGACAAUCAUCAUGAUUUCUUGCGUUGGCCCUGCAUAAUUUACCGUCUUACCAAUGAUUUUUCCUCAACGGAUGAGAUAGAGAGGGGUGAAACUACAAAUGCAAUUACGUGCUACAUGCGUGGAACUGGCCUGUCUGAGGAAUUUGCUAAAAAAAAUGUAAGCAAAAUGAUUGAAGAAUGCUUGAUGAAGAUGAACAAACAAUUGUCAUCUCCAUCACCAUUUGAGGAAAAUUUCAUUGAAGUUGCUAUGGACCUUGCUCGAAUUGCUUUUUGUCAAUACCAGUAUGGAGAUGCUCAUAGUGCUCCGGAUGUUAAAGCCAAAAACCGCAUCGUGUCAGUUAUGUUCGAUCCUAUCCAGUUGAGGGAGGCAGAAAAUGAUGUCAAAGGAGGAAACAAUUAGAGGCAAUUCUCUGAUUUGUUCCUGGUGUCUUUUGAAAAUCCAGGAACAACCGAAAUAUGUCUGCUUUGUGUACGUGUGUGUUUUAAUUUUUAAGAUUCUGAUAAAAGCUCAAAACAGGAGCUGUUUUGCUUGUUUCAAGUACUUUGAAAUGGGCCAUUGAAACAUUUUAUGUGAUAACAUGGAAAUGAAAGCGA